AGCGCCUAACCCACUUCACGGAAUCUUCGAGAGCCUUGACCUCACAGCCCCUAUUUCCUGUACCUUCCAUCCUCUUCUCUCCCACCCCCUCCCACCUUUCAGUCCUAGGGACUUCCGGAGCUAGACCGGAACCGGAAGUUUCUGGACGCGAGGGGGUGGGGCCGAAAAAAAUCAAAAAAAGCGCGGUGAAAACUGGAAACCCAAACUGGCCGGGUGGUGGUGACUCCCUGGCGGUCCCGUGGCGGCUCCUGAUGGACUCCACCGCCUGCUUGAAGUCCCUGCUCCUGACCAUCAGUCAGUAUAAAGCCGUUAAGUCGGAGGCGAACGCGACCCAGCUUUUGCGGCACUUGGAGGUAAUUUCUGGACAGAAGCUCACACGAUUAUUUACGUCAAAUCAAAUAUUACCAAGUGAAUGCUUGAGUUGCCUUGUAGAGCUACUUGAAGACCCAAACAUAAAUGCACCACUGAUCUUCAGUAUCAUCAGUUUGUUAUCUCAAUUAGCUGCAGACAAUGAAACCAGAGACUAUCUUCAGAAUACAUAUAACCUGAAUAAUGUGUUGGCAGGAGUGGUAUGUCGGAGCAGCACUUGCCACAGUGAUUCAGUGUUUUUGCAGUGCAUUCAACUUCUGCAGAAGUUAACAUAUAACGUCAAAAUUUUCCAUUCUGGUGCAAAUAUAGAUGACUUAAUUAUAUUCCUGAUAGAUCAUAUUCAGUCUUCUGAAGAUGAGUUAACAAUGCCUUGUUUGGGAUUAUUGGCAAAUCUUUGUCGGCACAAUCUUUCUGUUCAAACACACAUAAAGACUUUGAAUAAUGUGAAAUCUUUUUAUCGAACUCUUAUAAGCUUCUUGGCCCAUAGUAGUUUAACUGUAGUUGUGUUUGCACUUUCAAUAUUAUCCAGUUUGACAUUAAACGAAGAGGUUGGGGAAAAGUUGUUCCAUGCUCGAAACAUUCAUCAGACUUUUCAACUAAUAUUUAAUAUUCUCAUUAAUGGUGAUGGCACACUAACCAGAAAGUAUUCAGUUGACCUACUGAUGGAUCUCCUUAAGAAUCCUAAAAUUGCUGAUUAUCUUACCAGGUAUGAGCACUUUUCUUCAUGUCUUAAUCAAGUAUUAGGUCUUCUUAAUGGAAAGGAUCCUGAUUCUUCUUCAAAGGUUUUAGAAUUACUUCUUGCCUUCUGUUCAGUGACUCAGCUGCGCCAUGUGCUCACUCAGAUGAUAUUUGAACAAUCUCCAUCUGACAACACUGUUCUGGGAAGCCGUUCUAAAUGUGCAGAACCUACUGUAGCUCUACUUCGUUGGUCAAGCCAACCCUUGGAUGGAUCAGAAAACUGUUCUAUUUUAGCAUUGGAGCUGUUUAAGGAAAUAUUUGAGGAUGUCAUAGAUAGUGCUAACAGUUCCUUAGCUGACCGUUUUGUGACCCUUCUGCUGCCUACAGUCCUUGAUCAGCUUCAGUUCACAGAUCAAAAUCUAGAUGAGGCCUUAAUAAGAAAAAAAUGUGAAAGGAUGAUCAAAGCCACUGAAGUUUUAUUAACUCUAUGUGGAGACGAAACUCUAAAAGUGAAUGUUGCAAAAAUUCUAACUACUGUCAAAUGUACCACUCUGAUAGAACAACAGUUUACAUAUGGCAAGAUUGAUCUGGGGUUUGGAACAAAGGUCGCUGAUUCUGAAUUGGGCAAACUUGCUGCUGAUGUAAUUUUGAAAACUCUUGAUUUAAUGAACAGACUUAAACAUUUAGUUCCUGGUAUGGAAGUAAGCUUCUACAAAAUCCUUCAGGAUCCACGCCUGAUAACUCCCUUGGCUUUUGCUUUAACAUCAGAUAAUAGAGAACAAGUCCAGUCUGGAUUGGGAAUAUUAUUGGAAGCUGCUCCACUGCCAGAUUUUCCUGCUUUAGUACUUGGAGAAAGUAUAGCAGCAAACAAUGCCUAUAGACAACAGGAAACAGAACAUAUGCCCAGAAGAAUGCCUUUGCAAUCAUUAAAUCACAGUUUUCCAACAUCAGUAAAAUGUUCAACUCCUCCAGUUUUGAAAGAUAAAAUUCCUGGAUUGAACAUUGAGGACUUAAUAGAGAAACUUCAGUCUGGAGUGGUGGUAAAGGAUCAGAUUAAUGAUGUGAGACUAUCUGACAUAAUAGAUGUAUAUGAGAUGAAACUGUCUACAUUAGCUUCCAAAGACAGCAGGCUACAAGAUCUCUUGGAAGCAAAAGCUCUAGCCCUUGCACAGGCUGAUAGACUGAUUGCUCAAUAUCGCUGUCAAAGAACUCAAGCUGAGACAGAGGCGCGGACACUUGCUGGUAUGUUGAGAGAAGUUGAAAGAAAAAAUGAAGAGCUUGGUGCAUUGCUGAAGUCACAGCAGGCUGAAUCAGAAAGAGCUCAGAGUGACAUAGAGCAUCUCUUUCAACAUAAUAGGAAGUUACAGUCUGUGGCUGAAGAACAUGAAAUACUCACAAAAUCCUACAUGGAACUUCUUCAGAGGAAUGAAACUACUGAAAAGAAGAAUAAAGAGUUGCAGAUCACAUGUGAUUCUCUGAAGAAACAAAUUGAGACAGUGAAAAAGCUGAAUGAGUCACUCAAGCAACAAAAUGAAAAAACUGUUGCCCAAUUAAUAGAAAUAGAAGAACAGAGAAAAGAAGUACAGAACCAACUAGUAGACAGAGAAUGUAAACUAGCAAACUUGCAACAAAAGACAAAAGUACAAGAAGAAAAAAUUAAAGUCUUACAAAAAGAAAGGGAAGAUAAGGAAGAAACCAUUGAUAUCCUUAGAAAAGAAGUAAGCAGAUCAGAACAUAUAAGAAAAGAAUUGAGCAUUAAGGCUUCCUCACUGGAGGUUCAGAAGUCCCAAUUAGAAGGUCGUUUGGAAGAGAAAGAGUCACAAGUAAAACUUCAGCAAGAGGAGUUGAACAAACACUCUCAUAUGAUAGCAAUGAUCCACAGUUUAAGUGGUGGAAAAAUAAAUCCAGAAACUGUGAAUCUCAGUUUAUAGACAUUAUGUAUUUAUCUCCUGGUGGACAUGGGGUGGAGGAGAUAAUUUCUGACUCCACCAAAAAAAUAGCACAUUAUUAGCUAAUUAUUAAUUUAGUAAAGAAACUGAACUGAUACAUGGUUUUAUUUGGUCUUAAAGUUUUACUUCCUAUUUUUUACUUUUAUUGUGUAGUUUUCUUUGAUUCCUAAAUUAGAAUAUUAUUCUUGACCUCCAUUAUUGUCUUUUCUAAGAUUUUUCUCCUUUUGUUGCUUCCCACUCUCUUCUCCUUGUUUAAUUUAGUCUUAUUUGUGAUUAUGUAGAUUUUAAAAAUCAAACUUGCUUGAUAUAACAAUCCUAAAGAUUAAUAAAUUGAAAAUGUGAUUAGUAAAAAGAGAAAAGGCAUGAUACAGCCAGAGAACUCUUUCUCUAAAGUAACACAAGAGAAAAUAUCAGUGAAUUUAAUAUAAUUUUAUUACUACAUUUAAAGUGCACAGAUAGCCUUAACUGGUUUGGUUCCAUGGAUGGAGCAUCAGCAUGCAGGUUCGAUUUCAGUCAA